AUGAAAAAAUCUGAUUUUGAUCCAUCGGCACCACUUCCAGAUUUUCUUCUGGACCAAUUUGUCAAAGAAACAGCAAAGAAAGAGACAAAAGAAGAGGAAGUUAAACUCCCUCCAAACGUAGUUGUUACUGAUGUAAAGGCAAUCAAAAAAGAAAGACAGAAUAAAGCGCAAGAAGAACUUCAAAAGAUGUUAAAUAGAGAGAGAAUUAAACGAACAAGCUACGGAACUGUAUUAUCUGAUAGAAGCAAAGCUAAAGUUCCAUCAGCCUCAUUCUCUGAUGUCAAGGAGUAG